UUGUAAAAAAAAAUCCUAAGUUUUAUGGUGUAAUACUCAUAGGCCCGAUUUUUUGAUCACCUCUUGCUGGUGUCAACAAUCAAGUCCCCCUACACCAGUUGAUGGACCAUUUUAGUGCCAUGCUUGACCUAUUUAUCGUAGUACCAAAACUUGUACUCCGUAUUUCACCUCUAAUUGGCAGCACCAUCACUUAAAACUUUCCGACAAAGUAAAAGAAAAAGAAAAAAAUGGGGAGUGAGGUCGUAAGGAAGAAGAAGAACCCUAAAAUGGCGCCUCUAAACCCUAAUUGGGCUCUGCUUCAACAGAAACUGAAUCUUCAGGGUUCCAAACCCAAGCUUCCGUCGCACUCUAAUGGCGGCUCCUCACCUACAAUAUUAGGAAAACGGAAACAACGCUCUGUUUCAGAAUCCGAUGAGUCUCAAGUCAAUGUUCUUGCUCCUACUUCCUCUGAUUGCAGUUUGACAGAUGAGGUAGCCAUGGAUUGUGAGAUGGUUGGGGUCAGUCCUCAGGGUAAUAAAAGUGCUCUUGGGCGAGUUACACUGGUAAAUAAAUGGGGAAAUGUGGUAUAUGAUGAAUUUGUCCGGCCUAUUGAUCGUGUUGUUGACUUCCGAACAGAAAUUAGUGGAAUCCGACCUCGUGACUUGAGGAAAGCAAAGGAUUUUCCUUCAGUUCAAAAAAAGGUAGCAGAGUUGAUCAAAGGAAAGAUUCUUGUUGGCCAUGCUUUGCGUAAUGAUCUAAAGGCACUUUUGCUAAGUCAUCCAAAGAAAGAUCUGCGUGACACUGCAGAAUACCAGCCAUUUCUAAAAGAAAGUCGUAGAAAGGCACUUCGGCAUCUUGCUGCUGAGUUUCUUGGUGCAGAGAUUCAGAAUGGAGAGCAUUGUCCUAUUGAAGAUGCUCGUGCAGCUAUGUUGCUGUACCAGAGGCACAAAAAAGACUGGGAGAGGAGUGUCAAAGAUCGUUCAAGGCUUAUGGAAAAGCAAAAGAAACGCAAAAACAGGAAGAAAUCAAACAAGAAAGUGGCCACAGAGGUGAAAAAUGUUCCAGUUCUGUAGAAUGUAUUAGUUAACUAAUUUUUAUUUUCUGGUUCAUAGUUCUAAGAUAAUAGUCCAUUCACCAUAGCUUUUUGAAAGAAGAGCACCAUAUAUGGUUGUAAGAAUGUUUUUAAUGCCUUUUGAUUAUUGUCCUUUUUUGUAUGAUUUAAAUUUUGUAAUACGGAGUAGAAUUUAUAUUUGGUAAAAGAAUGUACUUAGUUAUUAUACUUGAACAGAGUUGCCUAGUUCAAUAUAAAAACAAUAACAAUUUAAUGCAA